UCAAUCUUGUGGACUUCACAUACUUUUAAUUUCCGUGUUUGACGUCACGGGAACGACGACGGACUUUUUAAAAUACAGAUUUAAAACUUGAUAUAAAAACAGAUACCAUAUCUCUUUGUGACGUCUCGAAGUGGACAUAAUCCGUUUUCGAUGUGGGCCUGAGUGCAUGUCGAAAAGGAUCGAUCCGACCAGGCUUUCAGCUGCCAGUGAAUCCUCACCAAUGCUAACCAAAGAGCUACAUUCAGAUAACCCAUACUUACGGUGAAUGAUCGUUAAAUAGCGAAUUUACAACACAAUUGCUACUGUAUAUCAUCUUUCAGGUGCUUGAAGAUUAUGGAGAGUAAAUAUAACCUCAAGAGUCCAGCGGUGAAGAGGCUGAUGAAAGAGGCUGCUGAAUUGAGAGAUCCCACAGAGCACUACCAUGCCCAGCCACUGGAAGAUAACCUAUUUGAAUGGCAUUUCUCAGUCCGUGGACCCCCGGAUUCAGAUUUCGAUGGUGGGGUUUACCAUGGCAGGAUUGUGCUUCCCCCAGAGUAUCCAAUGAAGCCUCCCAGCAUUAUUCUCCUUACACCAAAUGGAAGAUUCGAAGUCGGGAAGAAGAUCUGUCUGAGUAUAUCGGGCCACCAUCCAGAGACAUGGCAGCCUUCAUGGAGCAUACGAACUGCUCUGAUUGCCAUCAUUGGAUUCAUGCCAACAAAAGGAGAGGGUGCAAUUGGAUCUCUCGAUUAUACUCCUGAAGAGCGCAGGGUGCUUGCCAAAAAAUCCCAAGAUUUUUGCUGUGAGAUAUGUAGCUGUACGUUGCGCUCAGCACUCCUGCCUCUGACUCCUGACAGCAUCCUCACCCCAGAGGACCGCUUAGCAAAUGGGCUAGUUCAACAAAUCAACUUCAAGACAGGAUCAAGUUCAUCAAGUCAAAUGGGAAAAGAGAAUGAAGAUGCCAACAACAAGGUUUCCCCUCUUACCCAGGAAGGGGACUCGAAUUCUUCAGGCUGCGAAGCUGUCGAUCGUCCCUCGACUGAGCAGGUACAGGCAGAAGUUUCAACAGCCACCACAGUGGAGAGGCCGCAAAUGACUUUGCCUCCGAACGUUGAUCGUCCUCCCAUUCCCCAGCAGCGUCGUGUCCAACACGCCCAAAGAGACAACAGAGAAGCCCCAAACAGGCCCAUCAUUCCAGCGGUUCACGAGCCCCAAGAUGGAAGCCACGCAGGCUCUGCCAUGCUCAUGGUGGUGCUUAUUUUGGUCCUGGCUGGACUUAUUUUCCGAAGGAUUUAUCUGGCCCAAGAGCACAAGUUUGAUUAUGAGCUGUGACCUUUCCUCGCUACUAAUUUGAUCCUAAGUCCGCCUCGCCAUUCUACUUUUAGCACCACGAGCAGCUGCAGUUGCACCAGAGGUUUGACAGUCACUGGAACAUUUAACAUUCUCUUUUCUUAUUAGCACGACGCCCCGUCAGCUUGAUGCGCUUUCCUGCAGAAGGUGUGGAUGUGUCCUCCUCACUUGCAGCAUCCGUUUGUUCUGUUUUUCUUUUUAAACAAUGUGAAUUUUUGUUCUGCCCCUAGAUGAUCGUGCAUUUUUGAGUGGGUAUGGAAUCAUCUGAUGGGAGAUUAAUUCGCGCUCGUGACACUUUACGCACCCAAGCCCCUUUUUAAUGAACUAAUUCACUGGUGUUGACGUUUAUAUUUGUCAACUGGUAUGUUUUCUGCCACUGAUGAAUGUGGGUCUUUUCAACGGGCAGACGCCUAGCUUGGCUGUUUCUAUAUAACUAAUGAUGAAGGGAUGGUCGGAUGGUAGUAGACGGCAUUGUUGCAUCGCUUAAGAGUUGAAAUCAUAGCUUUUGAAAUGCAUCAGAUGUCAUUUCAACUCGAGUCGGCAUCGCUCACAGCAUGUUUCGUAAUUGUUUAUCUACAAAUACAUUUUUUUUGCCAUCAAACCUCUUUCUCAGGCUGGUUUAUUUUAUUGUUUUACAGCAGGGGUCGGUCACCAAUGUGGUGCCUGGGAGCACCAGGUAGCCUAUUU